AUGCUCUUCAACCCCGUCGCCCACCUCCCCACCUUCAACCCGCUGGCCCUACUUCGGAUGGCCGGUGCCAUGACGUCCCACGCCUUCAGCCUCUCCGAGACGCCCGAUCUCGCCGGCAGAGUUGUCGUGGUCACCGGCGGCUCCGCUGGCAUCGGCCGCGAGUUCUGCGCUCAGCUGCUUCUGCACGGCGUCGCCAAGAUAUAUGUCCUCGCCCGCUCCGAAUCCAGGUUUGCCGAGGCCAGGGCCGAGUGGUCGCAGAAGCACGCCCUGGCCGAUAGCGACCUGGCUGGGCGCGUCGACUUCAUUCGCUGCGACCUGACUGACGUGGAGGCCGUGCAGCGCGCUGCCCGCUCGCUGUCGGAGCGCCUCGAUAGGCUCGACAUCCUCAUCCUGAAUGCCGCCCUUCCUCUGUCACCCGACUACCAGCUCUCGCCCCAGGGCGUCGAGCUUCAAUUCGCUGCCAACCACCUCGGCCAUUUUGUCCUGACCAAUCUGCUUCUCCCGCUCGUUGAAAAAACUGCCUCCGAGCAUGGCCAAGCCCGCAUCCUGACCGUCUCGUCAUCGCUGCAUCUUGCAUGCCAGGAACUGAGCCUGCCGCUCCUCACAUCCCCCACUCCUACCAAGUCUCCUGCCGCCCUGGACAGUUUCUGGAGGUAUGCACGCACCAAGCUUGCGAACAUCCUCUUCACCCGUGAGCUGGCCCGCCGCCUCGAUAACAUGGGUCUCUCCAACGUUUACGUGAACUCAUUCUUCCCGGGUAACAUCCCCACCGACGCGUGGGAUUCUUGGAAAGACCUAUUCGGCACUUUGGUCGGUACAACAGCCAAGAGCGUCCUCCAGCACGUUAGCCACACGCCCGAAGAUGCCGCAGCCACGGCCAUGUACCUGGCCGCAAGCCCGGAUGUCGUGUCCAAGGGCCUGAAGGGAAAAUAUUUUGUCCCCAUCGGACAGGAAGAGGAGACCAGCACUGUUGCAAAUGACAAGGAUCUGCAGAAGAAUCUCUGGUACUGGAGCGACAGCAAAGUUGCCGAGACCUUGGGCAAAGGCUGGCAGAAUGCGUGA